UUGCAUCAACUCAGUACAGUGAAUGGCAGUGAAGGGCUGUGGAUUAUAGCUCGCCCGCUGGUUGACUAGCAUCGGAACUUUAAUCGUCGGUCAAGGAGACUCAUUACGGCUUCGUAUUUUCGGUGAAAUAGCAUCGAGAACCUAGACAAACCGUUAUCCCGAAGUCCGGUCACUUUGCACUGUCGUUUGGAGAGACCUUGCGUGCUCCGGGGUGAAGUUAUUUUGGAACUGGACCUGAUACCCAGACCUGGGUCCUGGUUGGUUAACCAAGAGCUGCUAGCGGUACACAACAACUAAUGGGUGGUUUCUUUGAAUAACAUUUUACGUUAUAUCAAGUUAUCUGUGGCUUAACCACCCGCAAUUAGCUCUGAUUGCCGUCCGCAGUAUGAGGGAAAUAAUGCUAACAUCUUCGACAAGUGCUGGUGCGUCGCUAGCUAACGUUAAUGUUACACAGAGCGGUCCGCUAUGUGAACCCAGCUUCUAAUGCGCGAUUUUCCCUUCAACUUUAUUGGAGAUUGAUUGCCUUUAAUUAAAAAUAGAGCCCGAACUCGUCUGUGUUAACGUCGCGGUGUAUGUUUUACGCAGUGUUGUCUGAAACGAGUUGGUUUGUUGGCUACCCAGCUAGCGCUUCAGUGAUAUAGCUAGCGAGCUAACUUAACGUUGGCGAGCUGUUUGUCCGUGUCAUUUAGCCAAGUUAGCAAAGAAAGCGAAUGGAAAAGCAAAACCUAAAAAUGCCAGCGCUUUAUUUUGGGACUGUGGGUAGCUGUCUGUCUUUCCAUGAUUCGGUGUUUUUGUAAAUAAUUAUCCCGCUUCACUAGCUAGCUAGCUGUUUACAGUCUGGUCAUAAUAUAGCUAGCUAGCUAGAUACCCUCAGUGUUUAUAGCCAGCUUCUAGUCGGUUAACGUCAACUAACGUUACCUAGCUAACUGUGGUGAGUUAGUGAAUUAUUAGAAUACUUAUUGAGUUUUUGUUUUUCUAGGUAUAACAGAAAAGUAAUUGUGGUCAUUUCAGUAUAACUACCUGACGAUAGCUGCCAGUCUUGAUUUAGCUAGCUAGCGACAGUUAGCUAAACAGACUUCAGGUAGUGCGGUGAUUUACAGAGCUGGUAGCGGAUAGUGCUUGAUGUUUUUUUAUUAACGUUACACGAAACAUAAUAAGUUAUGUUUUUAUUAUUUGAAAACUAUCGAAUGGAAACGCACCCAUCAUUUUCUGGAUUUUCCUCGUGGGAUCUCUGCCAUAUCUAAGAUGUGUUCCCCUUUUCUUCAUUUUAUAGCUAAGUAAACGCGUGAUAUAUGCUUCUGAAGCUCAGCAGCUAAUUACUGUAGCUUCACACUUAGCUAUCUACAUAAAGGAUUCCGCAGCGGCCCGUUUUCUUCAAGAAAUUGUUUUUCGUUUGUCAACGUCUGACUGUUUGCAAAUACAGCUGAUAUUUAUGCGUGGAUAGCUAUUCAAUAAUAUGCGUUAUGCUUCACAUUGACAUUUAUUUGAAUGAACAGUGAACUACAGUGGAGUUUCGCGAUUUUUACAGUUACACGGCGCCAGAGAAGUGAGACUGUCAUCCGUGGGGUUUGUGGCAAUAGGAUCUUGUCGAAAUAAAGGAUUUUUUGUUUUUGUUUUGACUGGAUUGAAAAUGGGAGCAGCUACAAAACUAGCCAUCGCAGUGUUCCUCAUCUCAUGUUCCUCAGGCGCCAUCCUGGGCCGCUCGGAGACGCAGGAGUGCGUGUACUACAACAGCAGCUGGGAGAAGGACCGCACCAACCGCAGCGGCAUCGAGGCCUGCGCCGAGGAGACGGACAAGCGCAAGCACUGCUUCGCCACCUGGAAGAACACGUCGGGCACCAUCGAGAUCGUCAAGCAGGGCUGCUGGCUGGACGACGUCAACUGCUACGACAGCAGCGAGUGCGUGGAGAAGAAGGAGGGGCCCGACGUCUUCUUCUGCUGCUGCGAGGGCAACAUGUGCAACGAGAAGUUCUUCUACAACCCCGACACCUCCCCGCCCGCCGAGCCGACCUCAAACCCGUUCACCCAGCCGCCCCCUCUCUUCAACACCCUGCUGUACUCGCUGGUGCCCAUCAUGGGCAUCGCAGCCAUCGUCCUCUUCUCCUUCUGGAUGUACCGCCAUCACAAGCUGGCGUAUCCGCCAGUCCUGGUGCCCACCCAGCACGCCUUUCAUAUCAUGAUAGAGGACCCUGGCCCCACACCCCCCUCCCCGCUCCUGGGACAGAAGCCAUUGCAGUUACUGGAGCUGAAAUCCAGGGGGCGCUUCGGCUGUGUGUGGAAGGCACAGCUGCUCAGCGACUACGUGGCGGUCAAGAUCUUCCCCAUUCAGGACAAGCAGUCCUGGCAGCACGAGUACGAGACCUACAGCCUGAGCGGCAUGAAGCACGAGAACCUCCUCCACUUCCUGGGGGCGGAGAAGAGGGGCACCAACUUGGACGUGGAGCUGUGGCUCAUCACCGCCUACCACGAGAAGGGUUCUCUGACCGAUUACCUGAAGGCCAACGUGGUGUCUUGGAAUGAGCUGUGCCUCAUCGCCCAGACCACGGCCAGGGGACUGGCCUACCUGCACGAGGACAUCCCGGGCCUGAAGGACGGCCACAAGCCUGCCAUCGCUCACAGGGACAUCAAGAGCAAGAACGUGCUGCUGAAGACCAACCUGACCGCCUGCAUCGCCGAUUUCGGCCUGGCCCUGAGGUUUGAGGCGGGGAAGUCUGCCGGAGACACGCACGGCCAGGUGGGCACGCGGCGGUACAUGGCCCCUGAGGUGCUGGAGGGGGCCAUAAACUUCCAGCGAGACGCCUUCCUGAGGAUAGACAUGUACGCCCUGGGGCUUGUGCUCUGGGAGCUGGCUGCACGCUGCACGGCCGCUGACGGCCCUGUAGAUGAGUACAUGCUGCCGUUCGAGGAGGAGGUGGGACAGCACCCCUCCCUGGAGGACAUGCAGGAAGUGGUCGUGCACAAGAAGCUCCGCCCUGUGCUGCGCGAGUGCUGGCAGAAGCACGCUGGCCUGGCGAUGCUGUGCGAGACCAUCGAGGAAUGCUGGGAUCACGAGGCCGAGGCGCGCCUCUCGGCCGGAUGCGUGGAGGAACGCGUGAUCCAGAUGCAGCGGCAGACCAACGUCAUCGCCCCCGAGGAGAUCGUCACCGUCGUCACCAUGGUGACAAACGUAGACUUCCCGCCCAAGGAGUCCAGUCUAUGAUGGACGGGCCCAGGAAACGCGUGCGCGUACUGACCAAUGGAACGGGGCAUCACGGCCGGUUACGCCCUUCAGACUGUUCGCAGAGGACACGCCCACACCGCCAUCACUUGCGCAACUCAUUAAGAUUCAGGAAUUUCUGCACCCUACCGGUUUCUUACCCACUACAUUUAGCUACGCGCGUGCCUGAAGUCUCACUGACACGCGGUUUUCUGUUUUAAGCCGGAACUGUAAAAGACAGUGGUUGGAAAGAAGAAUAAAGAAUAAAUCAGGAUCCUUUCAAGGAAGACACUGGAGGUAAAUGUAAAAAACGUGUACGUGGUCUCGGUGACUACAGGACUUUGACACUGAAAUCAAACUUUUUGGCAGGUAUUAAUUAUUUUGUAUCGAAGAUCAGUAUGUGAAAGACUUCUUCAAAAGGACAUGUGCUAGUUUUUCUAAAAAAAGAAAGAAAAAAAAGAAAAAGGUUUUGAGGAAAACGUGGACUAUACCAGAAACCCCACCACAUUUCAUUUCAAUAUAAAAAGGGCAACUUGUUUUUAAAUGCAUUUGCUGUUUUUGUGUUUAUAUAAAUGAAUAUUGUAAUGCCAAUAAGAAACAGCUUCUGAAUGUUUAGUGUAUUGCUGCUGUUCAUAUAUCAAUGAAAACGUAUGGUAAUCAAGGUUAUUUGUUGGAAUUUGCUUCCAAGCAUUAAUUUAAAUAACCGUAAACCUCCCUCAACAAGGAAUACCUCAGUUCCAUCUCUGAAAAGUUUCCUUUAACACUAAAAACAAUCUCAAAUAUUCAGAUCUGACAUCUGUUUGGUAUUUAUGCAUUUUAAAUGACAGAUGGCAACAGCAUUUAUAACAGUAUGCCAACACAAAAUGGCCAUUUAUAAACCAGUGUUUCUGCCGUUUAUCGUUUUAUUUCUCCUUCUUAAGAGUUUUGUGUUAGAGUAUAUUUUUGCCCUGUGAUUUUCAAGUAUUUUUAACAAUCAAUUUUUUUUGUAGUCUGGACAGCUGUACUCACUUUGAAAGCGUAAUGAGAGAUCCCUGAAAAAAACUUCCAAAAUAACAUUUGAAAGCACUUUCCUAUUUAGGUUUGCGGUGUCGAUAAAUAUUUAAAACCGUGCGCAUGCCCCUCCUCCUACUUUUUACACUUUUGUUUUUAUGCGAGUUGUGACAGGUGUAAUCUGUAACGGAUUUUUUUUUCUUUUGUUAAUUUCUUUAAAACUUUAUCCCUUUCUAUGCGUGUUUAUUGUGUAUCGCUAGUUCGUGUGUAUCAGUCGUGUUUCAGGAAUUAGCAUUCAGUGUCUGCUGGCGUAUGGUACACCUCAGGAAAUCUCGUCUCUCGAACCCCUCUCUCUGCUUUGAGCCGUCAGUGACUUCCCUUGUUCUCUCCCCCAUUCCGGUGCCAUUAUAUUUACAGUCAUUUCGGUGCAUUAUUGUAGACCCUGCGAGAGAGAAUACAAGCCAAAAACUGCAACAAAUGCAUUGUUAAAAAUACAAUACACACAUAGAAGGAAAUGAACAUAUCGCAGCCAUUGGGUCGGAAAAGUAGAGAACUUUGGGAGUAAAUCUCCAAAUGUAGUUUGGGCGAUCACAGAUUUGAGUGGUUGUCUUGGUGCCUACGACGCUUGUGCAGUUACGCUACCGUUUGUAUUCUUUAUCCUCGUAGACGAGUUCACUUUGAAAAGAACUGCUACAGCAACAACCGUUCAGGGAUGCAAUACUAUGCUUUACGAAGUUAAUUAUAUGCAAUCAACGCAGGUACAGCAAAGUUACCGACUACUUUUACAACAGUAGCAUUUUUAAACUACGGAAUCCAUUGCCGUUUUAUUUAUGCAGGAUAGUCAUACUGUAAGAAAAGGCUCCUUUCACACCGGGGGUUCCGAGGGGCAGCUGGGUUGCCUGUCAAGCCCACGAACCCCAAUACAACUGCUGCGUAGUUACAGUCGGAAAGUCAACUGGUCCAUACAACAAACAUGCAGGGCCUACAGGAAAUAACCUCAGCUCAGAACACCUUCAUCACUGUGAAUACUUACACAGGACCUCUGCAGAUUUCUGCGUGCCGUGGGACAUAGAAAAAUAAGUCACAAGUCUCAGAGCAGGGAGAGGAGGGAAGGCGGAUAUCCACCUGCUGCGCGCGCAACAACUCGUUUGCGCAAAGCGUCGAUUUUUCGUUCCCGUGCAAAAAUAUGCUGAUGUAGCCACCCCCUUAUGACUAUACCCCACCCCACCCCACCAUCACGCUGAUAUUAUGACUGUCAUUUUGUUUCUCCAUUAUUGAAACACGAAGGCUUUACAUAGUUUUGUUUUUAUUAUUUUAUUCUCACACUACUGUACAGAAGCUCCCCCUGGCCCCCACCUAAAGCUCCGAUUCGCUCUUCUUUUCUAAGAAAUUACGUUGUUUUCCAUCAAUACAAGCCAAAAUCUUCCCCACGACAUUGGCAGCAGACUUCAAGGAAAAUGCACAUUAUGUAAAUAUGAAUGUCGUUUUUAGAUUGUGAAUUUAGCAUGUUUUUUCUAAGGUAUCACAAAGCAAAAAAGUCCUUUAUAAAGUAAUUAUUCCAAAAUAAGAUUUUAUUGUUUAUUUUAUAUAUCUAUAUUUUAAAUUGUAUUAAUUUAUGUCAAGGCCCAAAACAGUCAUAUUUCCUUUUCAUGGCGAGGCUCUCUCUAUCUCUGACUAUAUUAAAUCGGUCCAAUGAAACACUACGGAUUUCACCCCGGAUCGACACAUCGUUUACCUCAGACAUCCCAGCUAAUGCAUAACGUUCUCGCAAAGUCACUGGAACAUUGUAGAAACACUAUUAACUUCGGUGCAAUGUGCAAGUGACGUGGCGAGGAUGUCACCUGGGAUAUGACCAGCAGUGUUUUAUUUCUAUAAAGCGGUUUCAGUUCACGUUAAACGCAUUACCUCUCAGUUAUGCCAGAAAGUUAACGUGCGUCCGUCACGUUAUCUUGAAAUCUCUCUGCCGAUCUACCGUGUGUAACGGGCACAAGACAGCCAUACUACUGUCGAAGUGUACUUGCCAUUUUAAUUAUUUUCCAAGAAUUUAACAAACUGUUUCAGAGGCCUGGUUGGAAUUGAUUGUUAAAUAUUGUACAGAUAAAUUGUAUGUUAUCCCCCUAAAAUAAAGUAUAGUGACUGCUCUGUG